AUGACAUCGACGGGGAAGGACGGCGGCGGGGCGCAGCACGCGCAGUAUGUGGGGCCCUACCGGCUGGAGAAGACGCUGGGCAAGGGGCAGACAGGCCUUGUGAAGCUGGGGAUUCACUGUGUCACGUGCCAGAAGGUGGCUAUUAAAAUUGUCAACCGGGAGAAGCUCAGUGAGUCCGUGCUGAUGAAGGUGGAGCGGGAGAUCGCCAUCCUGAAGCUCAUCGAACACCCUCACGUUCUAAAGCUGCACGAUGUUUAUGAAAACAAAAAAUAUUUAUACCUGGUGCUAGAACACGUGUCUGGUGGGGAACUCUUCGACUACCUUGUCAAGAAGGGGAGGCUGACCCCCAAAGAGGCCCGGAAGUUCUUCCGGCAGAUCAUCUCUGCGCUAGACUUUUGCCACAGCCACUCUAUAUGCCACAGGGAUCUGAAGCCAGAGAACCUCCUACUAGAUGAGAAAAACAACAUCCGGAUCGCCGACUUCGGCAUGGCGUCGCUGCAGGUUGGCGACAGUCUGCUGGAGACCAGCUGCGGAUCGCCCCACUACGCCUGCCCCGAGGUGAUCCGAGGGGAGAAGUAUGACGGCCGCAAGGCAGACGUGUGGAGCUGCGGUGUGAUCCUGUUCGCCCUGCUGGUGGGGGCUCUGCCCUUCGACGAUGACAACCUGCGGCAGCUGCUGGAGAAGGUGAAGCGGGGCGUGUUCCACAUGCCGCACUUCAUCCCGCCCGACUGCCAGAGCCUGCUGCGUGGCAUGAUCGAGGUGGACGCGGCCCGGCGCCUCACGCUAGAGCACAUUCAGAAACACAUAUGGUAUAUAGGGGGCAAGAACGAGCCAGAGCCAGAGCAGCCCAUCCCCCGCAAGGUGCAGAUCCGCUCGCUGCCCAGCCUGGAGGACAUCGACCCCGACGUGCUGGACAGCAUGCACUCUCUGGGCUGCUUCCGGGACCGCAACAAGCUGCUGCAGGACCUGCUGUCUGAGGAGGAAAACCAGGAGAAGAUGAUUUAUUUCCUUCUCCUGGACCGGAAAGAAAGGUACCCGAGCCAUGAGGACGAGGACCUGCCCCCCAGAAAUGAAAUAGACCCUCCCCGGAAGCGUGUGGACUCCCCAAUGCUGAACCGGCACGGCAAGCGGCGGCCUGAACGCAAGUCCAUGGAGGUGCUCAGCGUGACGGACGGCGGCUCCCCGGUGCCUGCGCGGCGGGCCAUCGAGAUGGCCCAGCAUGGCCAGAGGUCCAGGUCCAUCAGCGGCGCCUCCUCGGGCCUGUCCACCAGCCCGCUGAGCAGCCCCAGGGUGACCCCUCACCCCUCUCCAAGGGGUAGUCCCCUCCCCACCCCUAAGGGGACGCCCGUGCACACGCCCAAGGAGAGCCCGGCAGGCACGCCCAACCCCACGCCACCGUCCAGCCCCAGCGUCGGAGGGGUGCCCUGGAGGACGCGGCUCAACUCCAUCAAGAACAGUUUCCUGGGGUCACCCCGCUUCCACCGCCGGAAACUGCAGGUUCCAACACCCGAGGAGAUGUCCAACCUGACCCCGGAGUCCUCUCCAGAGCUUGCCAAGAAGUCAUGGUUUGGGAACUUCAUCAGCCUGGAGAAGGAGGAGCAGAUCUUCGUGGUCAUCAAGGACAAGCCCCUGAGCUCUAUCAAAGCUGACAUUGUUCACGCCUUCCUGUCGAUCCCCAGCCUCAGCCACAGCGUCAUCUCCCAGACGAGCUUCCGGGCUGAGUAUAAGGCGACGGGCGGCCCGGCGGUGUUCCAGAAGCCGGUCAAGUUCCAGGUGGACAUCACCUACACCGAGGGCGGGGCGGCACAGAAGGAGAACGGCAUCUACUCCGUCACAUUCACGCUGCUGUCCGGCCCCAGCCGCCGCUUCAAGAGGGUCGUGGAGACCAUUCAGACCCAGCUCCUGAGCACACAUGACCAGCCCGCCGCCCAGCAUUUGUCAGACACCACUAACUGUAUGGAAAUGAUGACGGGGAGGCUUUCCAAAUGUGGCAGCCCAUUGAGUAACUUCUUUGACGUAAUUAAACAACUUUUUUCAGACGAGAAGAACGGGCAGGCGGCCCAGGCCCCCAGCACGCCCGCCAAGCGGAGUGCCCACGGCCCCCUCGGUGACUCCGCGGCCGCUGGCCCCGGCCCUGGAGGGGACGCCGAGUACCCGACGGCCAAGGACACGGCCAGGACGGGGCCGCCCGCCGCCCGCCGCGAGCAGCCUUAG